CUCGUAGCCAAAUUUGACUCUUUAUCUACUGGGGCUCUUCUGAGUCCACAGCCAGUCCUCUGGAUCGACUUCCGGUUCUGCAAUGCUCUUAUCUAGUUGAAAAAGUAUCCAAGCAAUGAAAACCACUGCCCCCCCUUCUAACAUGGAGGCGAAAAUUGGUAUGGUGGUCCUAAUUGUGGCGUUGCAGUUCGUCCAAUUACAGGCCAAGUGCACCGAACUUGGGGUUUGCCAAUCGGCCGACACUGGCUCGUGUGGUUUUCUGUCCUCUGCGUCGUCCUCUGGCAUCAACGAGGAGGCAGUCUCUUCCGGAAGCAUCGCCAUUCUCGGAGGUACUGUCGUGAAUGCGGACGGCCAGCAUGCUGCCAACGUGUACAUCAAGGAUGGGAUUAUCACAGCAGUUGGGCCUGAUGUUGUGGUGAGUGGAAUUGAUCCUCAUACUCAUUUGGACAUGCCCUUCAUGGGAGAAGUGGCCUGUGAUGACUUCUUCAGUGGUCAGGCAGCUGCAUUGGCUGGAGGUACCACGAUGCACAUUGAUUUUGCUCUCCCAAUCAAUGGAGAUCUCAUCAAAGGAUUCCACGAAUGGGAGAAGAAGGCGAUGAAAUCGUGCACGGACUACGGCUUUCACAUGGCUAUAACGACGUGGAACAAGGAGGUUGCAAGAGACAUGGAAGUUCUAGCAAGGGAACAUGCUUGAAGGAGAAGCCACUGCCCGCGCAAUCAAGUUGGCUAGAUUCA